AUGUCAUCAUCACCUGCUUCCAAUAAAAUUUUAAAAAAGAAUUCACCAUAUUUCACAAGUGCAUUUUCAAGUGAAUGGGUCAAAAAAGACGAAAAGAAUGAUGGACUAAUUAUUUUUGAAAAACCUAAUAUUAGUGCCGAGGAUUUUGAAUUAAUUGUAGAAAUUACAAAUAUAUUUGAGUUAUUGGUGCCAGCAGAUGAAUUAUUCCUAACAAAUUUUAUCAAGGAAAUAGAAACUUAUUUAAUAAAUAAUCAUCGGAGAUGGUCGAAAAAGGGUUUUGGAAUCCAUUAUUUAUCCAUGACGGUUAGACUGAAAAUAUGUGAAGAAUUACAAACAUUUGCCAUUAAUUUAUUUGCCCAAAAUCCACAAAUCCUUUUCGAUUCAAAUAAACAUUUGUACAUGGAAGAUGAUGUGUUGUUUAAAAUAAAUUCAUCUUUGACCGUCCCUUCUUCGAUCUCAACAUCUGCUACUUUGAGAAAAGGAGCGAUAGAUUCCAAAAUUUUAAAAGUGAAACAUGUAGCUUUAAUUUCCAGUUGGUUAGAUCAACGGCAUGUUAUUUAUUACAAUUCGCAAAUUCCAUACAAAUUCGCUUUGAAAUGUCGUGGAAGUGAAGAUGGGUUUGCCGCGGAAAUUUUUCGAUUAAAAAGUGGUACCAUCCCAAACACACUGCUAAUCAUAAAAGUUAGCGGAACCAAUGAAAUAUUGGGUGGAUAUAAUCCAACACAUUGGGGACAUGAUCGAUCUAUAAAGGAUAAAAGCUUUUGGAGACCAGCCAACAACAGUUUUAUCUUCUCGAUGGACACCGAUCCGAACAAAUGGGAUUCUGCUAGAUUGAGUAGAAUUAAUCCGGAUUUCUCGGAGAAAGCAUUUUUAAUUAGUAAUUAUAGUGGACCACAAUUUGGGAAUGGUGAUUUGAAAUUGGGAGAUCAUUUUAAUUUUAAAACUUCAUCUUGCAAAAAAAGUUACUAUUUAGAGUCUAUUAGGAAUACAGAUGAUAAUUUUUUUUCAAUUGAAGAAUAUGAAUUGUUCCAAUUGGUUAAAGGAGUUUGA